AUGGCAUCCGCGGCGGCCGAGCGGAUUGAGCUGGCAAAACUGUGCUGCUCCAAAGAUUGGUCGAAGGCUAUUCGACUUCUCGACUCGCUCCUUUCCCAAUCCUGUGACAUUCAGGACCUCUGCAAUCGAGCUUUCUGCUAUAGCCAAUUGGAGUUGCACAAGCAUGUCAUUAAAGAUUGCGACAAGGCCUUGCAGCUCGAUCCUAAGCUGCUCCAAGCUUAUAUUCUUAAAGGUCAUGCAUUAUCUUCUCUGGGAAGGAAAGAGGAAGCUCUUUCAGUUUGGGAUCAGGGAUACGAGCAUGCAGCCUGUCAGUCUGUCGAUCUAAAACUUCUUUUGGAGCUGGAAGACCUUUUGAGAGUUUCUAAACAAAAUGGUCCUGCUUGCCGGAAUCAUGUGAUGGGAGCAUCUCAAUUGUCCUUCCCUGCAUCUGGAACUGCAGUUUCCACAAAAUCAAGUAAAAUAUCCGACAACCUUGACGAAUCAAAUGAAAAAAGUAAACCAAGAAGCAAAUCAAUCAAGCUGGGCUACGACAAGCAAAAUGAGUCAAGUCUUCUUUUUAAUGGAGAAAAUAGUUUGAGUAGCCAAUCUAGCAAAAACCUUGAGAGUCGCUCAACUGAAACUAACGGGAUACACAAUAAGCUGGACGGAAAGUCCAUGGUGAAUGAUUCAUCUGAAUCAAGCAUUGAUUCAUCUGUGCAUUAUGGUGAAACUAGAGAUUCUUCUGAUAUGUGUAAUGAAUUGUUUAGCUUGUCAGAAAUCCACAACGAAUUAAUGGAUGAGGGCAGUAGGAGUAAAAGUUUCUGUGUUGCUAGGAUAUCAAAGAAAAAGUCAAUUAAUGUGGAUUUGAGAUUAUCAAGGGGAAUUGCCCAGGUUAAUGAUGGAAAAUAUGCCCAUGCUAUAUCCAUUUUUGACAAGAUUCUAGAAGAAGAGCCAGAUUACCCGGAGGCCUUAAUUGGAAGAGGAACAGCAUAUGCAUUUCAACGAGAACUGCAUUCGGCUAUUGAUGAUUUUUCAAAGGCGAUACAAUCAAAUCCAUCAGCAGGUGAGGCCUGGAAACGCAGGGGCCAAGCUCGAGCAGCCUUGGGAGAAUAUGCUAAGGCAAUUUCAGACUUGACCAAAGCAUUGGAGUUCGAAUCAUAUUCAGCUGACGUAUUGCAUGAAAGGGGAAUAGUAAACUUUAAGUUUAAGGAUUACAAAUCUGCUGUCAAAGACCUAUCUGCAUGUGUAGAAGUUGAACUGGAUAACAAAUCUGCCUACACAUACUUGGGUUUGGCUUUAUUUUCACUUGGUGAAUAUAGAAGAUCAGAGGAGGCACAUAUGAGAGCAAUCCAUAUAGAUCAAACUUUCCUUGAGGCUUGGACUAAUCUUACUCGGGUCUAUCAGGACACUGCAAAUUGGGAGAAGGCCGUGCAAUGCAUUAAUGAUAUUCAUAAAAUUGGUGGAAGGUUUACCAAAGCAUAUCAACUCCAUGGGCGUCUUCUCCAUGAGAUGGGUGAUCAUAGGAAUGCCAUCAAGGAAUUAUCAGUGGGAUUAAGUAUUGAUAGCUCGGAUAUUGAAAGUUUGUAUUUAAGAGCUUCUUGCUAUCAUGCUAUAGGAGAAUUUAAAGAAGCGGUUAAAGAUUAUGAUGCAGCAUUGGAUCUUGAAUUGGAUUCAAUGGAAAAAUUUUCCCUACAGUGCUUGGCCUUCUAUCAGAAAGAAAUAGCAUUAUAUACAGCUUCAAAGUUCAACACAGAAUUUUCUUGGUUUGACCUUGAUGGUGAUAUAGAUCCUCUCUUUAAGGAAUAUUGGUGUAAAGGGCUGCAUCCAAAGAAUGUAUGCGAGAAAGUAUACAGGCAACCCCCUCUGCGAGAUUCUUUGAGGAAAGGAAAGCUGAAAAAGCUCGACUUUUCUCUUACAAAGCAAAAAGCUUCUUUGUUACAGGCUGCGGAUUCAAUUGGCCAGAAGAUCCAGUACCGUUGCCCGGGAUUCCUGCCCAACAGACGUCAGUUUCGAAUGGCGGGCCUUGCUGCUAUAGAGAUUGCCCAGAAGGUUGUAAGGGUUUGGCGUUCUCUACAAACUGAAUGGAAGCUUUCAAGUAAAGGUGGGUCGAAACAUGGAAAGAAAGCCAGGAGAAAAGAGAAGCUCAACCCUCCUAGUCAGAACCGAGGUGGUGCUGGUUGCAGCACUAGCAGAUUUCCAGAUUCAUCUGUAUCAUAUUGUGCAGCUGAAGAUAGACCAUAUGGACGCCCUACGAUGCCCUGGAAUGGUGUUUAUUCUGUGGCAGUUAAAUGGAGACAGAUAUCUGAACCAUGUGAUGCAGUUAUCUGGGUUAACAAGUUGAGUGAGGAAUAUAUUUCUGGGUUUGGCUCGCUCACUCCUCUUAUUAGUGGUCAAGCUAAGAUUGUACGCAGUUUUCCAAAUUUUCAGAGAACAUUAAAUGCUGCCAAAGAAGUAAUGACAGAUUAUAAGUGUGUGCGUGACAAGAAUGACAACAUCAUCAAUCUCCGUGAAAACGGGAAACUGCAAGACAUACUGAAUGCAGAAUCCUGCUCAGAUCUUUACAAAGCCGUGGGUGAGGACUUCUGGUUAUCCACUUGGUGCGACAGUAUGAUAAUUGAGGGGAAGCGUCUUGAAGGAGCAAGGAUAUCCUUAUCAAAGAAAGAUCAAGUUGGGUACGAUUUUGUUAUUAAGACACCUUGCUCGCGUUCCCGGUGGGAUGAUUUUGAAUUUGAAAUGACUUCAGCGUGGGAGGCACUCUGUGAUGCCUACUGUGGUGAAAAUUAUGGAUCAACGGAUUUCGAUGUGCUUGAGAAUGUGAGAGAUGCAAUUCUGAGGAUGACUUAUUACUGGUACAAUUACAUGCCACUAUCGUGUGGCAAUCCUGUUGUUGGCUUCACUGUGUUGCUCGGACUGUGUCUGGCCGCCAAUAUGGAAUUCACAGGGAGCAUUCCAGAGGGAGUGCAGGUGAAUUGGGAAGCAAUCCUUGAGUCGGAUCCCAAAUCCUACAUAUCGUCUGUGAAAAGCUGGCUCUAUCCGUCACUCAAGAUUAAUACGUCAUGGAAAUCCUAUCCUGAUGUGGCAUCAACUCUCUACACGACUGGAUCGGUUGUUGCCGCCUUAAGCACCUACUCUGACUGA